AUGCGGGGGACGAGCUGCGUGGGCGGCGGCGGCGAGAGCCCGGGCGGCGCGGGGCUGAGCGAAGGCCCGCGCGGCCGGUGGCUGCGCCUGGCUCCGGUCUGCGCCUACUUCCUCUGCGUGUCGCUGGCCGCGGUGCUGCUCGCCGUCUACUACGGUCUCAUCUGGGCUCCCGCGCGGCCCCCCGCGGCCGCCGCCGGCCCGCCGCCGAGCGCGCCGUCCGCUCCGUGCGCUGCCCCCCCGGGCGCGCCGCCCGCCCCGGCGCCCGCCGCCGCCUCCGUCCCCUGCCGCCUGGGAGCCGCCGGCGGGCCGCGGCCCCAGCUCCAGCUGCCGCGCAGCCGCCGCCGCCGCCAGAUGCCCGGAGAGACCCCGGAGGCCGCGGGGGGGCGAGGACCGGGGUAA